AUGUGCGACCGCGAGCGUAGCCCAUCGAGAUCGGACAGUUCCGAAUCGUUGACAGUUCGGGACCCGACUGAAGCGUGGAACUGGCAGUUCGUUCACCCAGACAGUGGAACCGAGUUGUUUGUGCAGGCACUGCAGUGCCUUGGGGUUGACAUGGCCAAAGCCAUCCCCAAGAGGGUCCAAGGAGAGUGCAUCAAGGCACUUAAUGAGGAACCUACUGCUGAGCUGAUCUCUGGUUCUUUCAGGCAGCUGGUGAAGGAGCGUUUGCUCAAAAACUAUUGGUGCAUCCAUUCGGUGUUGCAGAUGGAGGUCUUUCAGUCCCGCCGUCCAAGCCAAGCAGAACUUAUGAUUGUCUUAGACAGUCUCAAUGACUACUACAAGGACAUGAUGAAGAAUGCUGAGUAUCCGACUGCUAUGGCACCUAUGGAGGUUGAGCCUACCAAGCCGUGCGCUGGGCGGGAUGUCGAGCCCGGUGAUGGCGAUAAAGAUUUGAGUGCUUCUUCAGACGGUAUCCCUGACGGGCACAAGGGCGCUGCGCGGGUGGAAGUCUUACUUCGACAGCAGGCCCUCAAGGCUAAGUCUGAUGUUGAUGGUAACAAGAUUUCAGGUCCAAAGCCGUCCUUUUUCUACAGCAACUACAGAUUCAUCACCUCGUUGUACCUGCCUUUGCCUGACAAGCCUGGGUGGGACGCAGAUAUGUCGAUAAAGUGGCUCGGCAUACCAUAA